GGGACAGAGGAGAAGUCGAGCGGGCCGCCUUUGCAGACGAGCUCGGAGGACAGCACGUUGCCCACGCAGUAGGAGAAGAGCCCGAAGUAGCCGGCCUGCGGGGUGUUCACGCUGUCGCCGAUCCAGUAGGGCUGGAUGAAGAGGGCCAUGACCAGCACGGAGAAGCAGAUGAGGUCCGCAAAACCCUCCCCGCGGCGUUUCCCGUCAGCGACUGCUAAGAGCGCAAUAUGUGCGAAGUCCCUGUUGGAGGGCGUCUUUACAGCAAGGUCCCAGAGACGAUGACGAUGGUAGAAAGACAGGCCCCAGUCCUCAAAAACAGCUGGACAUUUCCACAUAGGAGGCGUGCAGUGUGCAUUUACCCAGUACGUGAUGACCGAUAGCCUUGUGAUAAUGAAGCGACCACAAAGCAGAGCAAAGAACAUUCUUCGGAAGACUUCUCAGACCUUAACACGUGCUCUUAGCUCAUUCUAAUGCCUUUCUCCCCUUGUUUAAAUAUUUUUGUUGCAUCUAUUUUCCUUUGGAAAAAUAUAAAUUUCUUCUGAUUUCACUAUCCAUCCACUAACCACAUGGCUAGUAUAGAGAACUAAGAAAUUUCAAGGAAAGUGUACAUAAAAGAAUAAAAAUCCUUCCUAACCCCAACAUAGGGAGCUAAGAAAAGAUAAGAUGAUGAUCUUAAAACACAGAAUUUGGCCUUAGACAGACCUAGACUGGAGCCAGUCACUUACUAGUGAAAAUAGGGGUGAUGGAGGCUUAGAUAACAUCUGUAAAAUGUUCAGUCCAAGGCGUCCCAUACAAAAGAGUUCAGAAACGCUGAUGACCAGCUGGGCGUGGUGGCACAUGCCUGUAUUCCCAGGCCUCUGGGAGGCUGAGGCAGUAGUAUCUCAAGUUGGAACCUAGCUUGGUCAAGUUAGCAAUUUAAUGAGACCCUGUCUCAAAAACAAAGCAAAACAGGGCCAGGGAUUUAGCUCAGUGGUUUCGCCGCCUGCUGCGCAAACACAAGGACCUGAGUUCAAUCCCCGGUCCAAAAAAAAGCAAAACAAAAAGAAAUAACAACAACAAAACAAAGCAAAACAAAACAAAAUAAAAUGGAUGGGAAUGUAGCUCAGUAUGAAGGCCCUAGAUCUGAUCUCCACUACCAUCCCCUUCCCCAGAAAAAUUGCUGCUGAUAGUUAUUAUAUUUAUUUCUGUUAAUUUUGGCACAUUUGCCUCCUUCUGCAAUACCACCUUACCCAGUUACAUAUACAAUUUUAUGUAAUUUUUUCCAUUUAGUAUUAUACCAUUAAUAUUUUUUCAUAUUACUUUUCCCCAAAAAGCAUUACGUUAAUACUUGUGUAGUGAGCCCGCGUGUGUACAAGCCAUAACCAUUUCCACUUCAGUGUGUUUAGGCAGUUUCUACUUUUUCACUAUCCAGACAGCUCUGCCUUGAACAUGUUCAUACUGUUUCCUCUAUGAGUUCUCUUUCUCUUGCAUCCCUUCUUUGGUUUUGUGGUCAUCUUUAGCGUCAGAACGGCAGUUCAUGGAAGGCAUCCCUGAUGUCUCCAUCAGACCGAGAGUUUCCCAGACCGAGAGUUUCCCAGACCGGUGGCCAUGUCAUCCCCCUUAGGCACCGGCCACACUCUUAGGAGCUGGCAGACACCCUUCCCUGACCGCCCAGCGCAGCCUCCCGGACCAGAGUGCAGCCUCACCUCCUUCCUGAGGUUCAGCUGAGACAGCCAGUCACACAGGGUACACAGAUCCUCGGGACAGGGCUGAGUGGGUGACCCAGGCCAGGCCGUCAGAUCUCCUGGGGGAUCUGAAUUCCUGAUGGGUUGGCAAGAGGGGGGAAACCAUGGUUGCUUAGUUGGCCCUUGGCCCUUGGCCACAUCCCAAGAAGCAAUCCGUGAGCUUUUACUACCAGGCUCAGAGUCAUCCGGAUUCCUGUGUCACUAAGACAGGUCAUCCUGUUCCUUCAGCUCUGUGGCCACCCAGGGUCCGUCUACUUCCUUUUGCAUGGAUUCCCUGCCUGCUCUCUGCCCUAACUCUGGUUGUCGCAUAUCUGACCCCUGAUGAGCACCUUUGCAGAAUUGAGACAUCUUUGUCUAUGGCUUGGGGCAAGAGGAAGUGUUCUAGGGAUACAGGGGAGUUUCAGGGACCCUGGAGGUAGGAAUGCAGUUGUGCAGACUCUGUGUGUGUGCGUGUGUGUGUGUGUGUGUGUGUUUGUGCGCAUGUGUGAAGUUCCUACCUGACUUAUGGAUCCGCCCUUCCUCCCCUCUGCGAGCUGCUCUCUCAGCACGCAAAAUCUUUCUUCCUAGGGUCCCCUACUUUCCCCCUGUAGACCAGGUUGGAGGCAGCCACUGGACACAAGUCGACAUCCCAGGAGAGGCCCUGGGCCCCUGAGCCUGCCUUCCCCAGGCUCCUUUGCCAGCACAGCCGCCAGGGCUCCUCCGGGGCAGGGGGACAUGGCGGAGCGAGUGGGAGGUGUGAGGCCACCCCAGUGCCACCACCUCAACAGUAAGACAUGGCCAGGAAGAAUUUUGCUCUUUUCUCCUGAGAUACGUGCUGACAUGUAUGCAGGAAGGUCUUGAAUCUUCAGCAAGCACAUUUUCUUUCUUUCUUUUUUUUUUUGGUACUGGGGAUCGAACUUGGCUCCUUGUGCUUAAGGUGCAGGCUGUGGAACCACUGAGCUAAAUCCCCGGCCCAAGCGCAUUUUCAAUACCCAGGUGGACAUUUGGAACAAUCCCAACAAGAUGAGUUUUGCCCCCCUAACUUUCAUAUAAAUGGAACCAUGGUCUCCAUUCUUUUUGUGGCCGUUUUCACUCAGUGUUAUGCCAGCAAGAUUGGCCCAGGUGAUUCCGUGAACUUAGAUUUUUUGAGGGGAAAAUCCCAAAGCAAACUCUCUUUAGAUUGGGAAAGAAGAGGGUUAUUUAUUUAUGUACUCGUUUGUUUGCUUGUUUUUUGCUUGUGGUUCUGGAGAUUGAACCGAGGGUCCUUGAACUGAGCUACAUCCCCAGCCCUUCGGUUAUUUUUUAUUUUGAGAGAGGGCCUCACUAAGUCGCUUAGCUGACCUGGCUGGACUCAAACUUGCAAGCCUCCUGCCUCAGCCUCCUAGAAUGCCAGGGUUACAGGCCCGUGCCAUCUUGCUGGGGGUGUGAAAGAGGUGGUUAAACCUUUCGAGGUUUUGGUAGGAAAAGCCCUAAUUCUUGCUUACAGUUUGGAAGCACACAGAGCCGUCAAGGGCCUCUGUCACACUCUGCAUUUGUGAUGGGCAGCACUCUAGUCUUUGUUCACGGGGAAGUUGCCUGUGGCCGUCUAGGGACAGGACUAGUGCGUGCUCAGAGCCCCACUCACUAUCAAAAUCGAUCCCCUGGGGCCAGGCAUGGUGGCGCACCCCUGUAAUCCCAGAACUCUGGAGGCUGAGGUAGGAGGAUCGCAGCAAGUUCAAAGCCAGCUUGGACUACACAGUGAGACCCUGUCUUAAAAAAAUAGGUCUCCCGGGCUCCUACCCAGCCUGCUGGCUUGAGUUGGGAGAAGCACCUGAUGACCUCCAUGUGGCUUGUGCCCCAGGGGCAAGGGGGAUGGGGACAGCAGGGAGAGAGAGAAGGGAGGGACCAGGAUGAGCUCAGUUGAAACUGGCUUUGAGGGCGGAGACAGAGCAAGGACAAGUAAAUGACAGAGAGCUGAGGGACAAGAAUCAAGAAGCCAGACAGAGCUAAGACAGUUACGGCACAAUAUCAGAAAACCAGUAGGCAAAGGUCGCCCUGUCCUCCCAGGACCCUCAGGCACGGGCAAAUCCACAAGAACGUGACCCUGGCCUGGGUCCUCCCUCAGCUGCACUGAACUACCCCCACCCCACACUCACCCCCGGCCUUCAGGCGCUGUGACACUUCCUCUAACAUCUUACAUGGGCAAAACUCCCCUCCUGACCGUGGUUCCCAGCUAAAGAGCCACCCACAAUCCCAGAACGCGAGGAGGCUCAGCGCCUCUUCCCCCGGCCUGAUCUCACCGAGUAGUGGGCCUGCUCUGCUUUCCUUUCGCUUAUGCUUGUUACUGCUCUAAGUCUCAUUCUGGCUACUCUCUCUGAGUAGCCAACUGGAUUCUGCAUUUGAGUCACCAAGAAGAGCUGGGAAACAGUUCCCCCACACCCCAUGGACAACAGCUGCAAACACGGAGUCCCUGCAGGCAAGGGCGGUGUUUCUGUACCUCUGCAACCACCCGGCCCACCCCCUCUGAUUGUCAGGGUGCGGGAAGCGGUUGCUACAUGCCAGACCCUUCUCCAGGUCGUCCUUUGUCUUAUGUGAUCCCAGCCUUAUGAAGUAGGAGCCAUUAGGUCCUGUAGGUAGAUAAGGAACCGAGGCUCAAGGAAUCCACAGAGUUUAAACAAGUUCUCCAAGGCCACAGAACUAGAAAGUGCUGAGCGUUGAAGCCAGGUCAGCGCAGAUCAAAGCUAUGCCCCAGGCAGCCCAGCCUGGGUGGCAGUGGUGGGUACAGGGGCUCAACCUGCAGGGAAAGGCCUGUGUUUGCACAUCUGGGCAUCUUGGGCACCUGUGCCCUUCCCAGCCUCCAGCCCUGGUCUGUCUGAGCCUCCCUGUCAUCUGCCAGGCCUGGGGACAGGCGGCCUUGGGGCUGGGGUGGGGGCGGGGCAAGCAGAGCUGUAGUCACGACUGAGUCUGCACUGCCACAGUGUCGGAUGCCGAGUGGGCUGGGAAGGAGGGGCCUCCUGGGGGCCCGCUCGCUCCCGGGGACUGACACCUGGGGUGAGGGCAGAGCGGGUGCCCCAGAGAACACACGUGAGUCCUGGAGGGGCUGCAGAGCUGACGACACCUGCCUGGAAUCCCCAAGGGGCCCGAAGGAAGGCAGGGCUUGGGGACCUCACGGCUUCCUCACCUGCACCCCGCUCUGCCCUCAUCUGGGCUGAGUGGGGCCAGAGGCAGAGCCUGGACCAGGGGAUGUGCCUCGGACACGCUGCGGCCUGCUCUGGCCCUCACCAGCCCUGCCCUACUCGGAGCCAGGGCACCAGGGCCGCUAGGGCCCUCGGUCCCCUUCCAAGGGCCACCCGGUGUCCAGGCAUACACAUAUGGUUGGUCACAUACCUGUAGAGAUGCGUGUAUCAUUAGGUGAAUAUACAUACCACAUGUGUGUUAAGUCUACCCACACAGGUCUUGAAGCCAUCCCUGGUUGACAGAUAAGAAGAUUGAGCCAAAACAGGUAAUUUGUCCAACAAAUAACUUGUAUAGCUGGGCAUUCAAAGUCCACACUUGUUUUUCCGUGCCAGGGAUGGAGCCCAGGGCCUCACGCAUGGUGGGCAGACGCUGUUACUGAGCUGCCUCCACCCCGGGAGCCCACACGCUUAACCACAAUGCACCAGCCACAGGCACACGGCGCACAUGUGCUCCGCUCCCACAUGCCCGCCCCGCACCUUAUCAGUGCCCCCAGUCUGGCCGCAGCUGCGUCUCUGCUCACCGGAGGCCCCUGGCUUGCAGAGUGGGGUCACGUGUGGACGGGACCCCUUUUAAGGCCCCACCACCCCGGGACUAUGUGUUCCGCCACCUGAUCUGCCAGCCCACCCAUGCCAGCUGAACCUCUCGUCAUGGAGAAGGUCCUUGUCCUUCUGCUCAUCGCCCUUGCUGUGGCCCACGCUGCUCCUGGACCCCGAGGACUCAUUAUCAACCUGGAGGACGGUGAGCUGUGCCUGAACAGCGCCCAGUGUAAGAGCAAGUGCUGCCAGCAUGACAGCUUGCUCAGCCUGGCCCGCUGCACCCACAAAGCCAGCGAGAACAGCAGGUGCUCCCCCAAGACCAUCUAUGGCAUUUACUACUUGUGUCCCUGUGAGCGGGGCCUGGCCUGUGAGGGGGACAAGUCGAUCAUUGGCGCCAUCACCAACACCAACUACGGCACCUGCCGGGACCCGAGCUCCAAGCAGUGAGACCAGCACCCGGCCCCCCGCCCUGCUGGCUGCCACCUCCGCCAGUGCCUCUGUACCUGGCUGGGCUCUGGGCCAUUAAACCACUG